ACACCAAUAUCUUAGAUUUCAGAUUUAUCAAAGCUGUGUAUGUUGUGUAUUUUGACCGCACCCUCCUUCGGUCUUCAGAGUUCAGAAUCCAGUCUCAUCCUUACAUCUUUUCCAAUCCAGAAGAGAAGAAAAUGGAGGGUGGGAUGAAACCAAUGGACGCUGAGCAGCUCAGAGAGAAUGCUCAUAAGAUGGUAGAUUUCAUUGCUGAUUACUACAAAAGCAUAGAAAGUUUUCCUGUUCUCAGUCAAGUCGAGCCUGGGUAUCUGCGUAAAAUUAUACCCGAUUCUGCGCCUAACCAGCCUGAAUCACUCCAAAAUGUUCUUGAUGAUAUUCAAGCAAAGAUAAUACCAGGGGUAACCCAUUGGCAAAGUCCGAAUUUUUUUGGAUAUUUUCCUUCUAAUAGCAGUAUUGCUGGGUUCUUGGGAGAAAUGCUCAGUGGUGGUCUUAAUAUUGUGGGUUUCAGUUGGGUGACUUCUCCUGCUGCGACCGAACUUGAAACCAUUGUUCUGGAUUGGCUUGCUAAAAUGCUGAAGCUACCAGAAGAUUUCCUUUCAUCUGGGCAAGGUGGUGGUGUGAUUCAGGGUACAGCAAGUGAAGCAGUUCUAGUUGUAUUGUUGGCUGCACGGGACAAGGCUUUGAGGAUGUUUGGAAGAAACUCCAUUGGAAAACUUGUGGUGUAUGCAUCUGAUCAAACACAUUCUGCUUUACGGAAAGCCUGCCAGAUUGGUGGUAUUCACGCAGAGAACUGUAGACUGCUGAAAACUGACUCUUCUACAAAUUAUGCUCUUUCUCCUGAAGUGUUAACUGAAGCAAUCUCUCAGGACACUGCAUCUGGUCUAGUUCCCUUUUUUCUUUGUGCUACAGUUGGUACUACCUCUUCGACAGCAGUGGACCCAUUGCUUGCAUUGGGAAAGAUUGCUAAAGAUAACAAAAUGUGGUUUCACAUUGAUGCGGCAUAUGCUGGAAGUGCUUGUAUAUGUCCAGAAUAUCGCCACUAUCUUAAUGGUGUUGAAGAAGCAGAUUCAUUCAAUAUGAAUGCACAUAAGUGGCUCCUUACAAACUUUGACUGUUCGGUGCUUUGGGUUAAGGAUCGAAGUGCUUUGAUUCAAUCCCUUUCUACAAAUCCAGAGUAUCUAAAAAACAAGGCCUCAGAAGGAAAUAUGGUUGUUGAUUACAAAGAUUGGCAAAUUCCUCUAGGACGUCGGUUCAGAUCAUUGAAGUUAUGGAUGAUGCUACGCCUAUAUGGUCAGGAAAAUCUACUAAAUUACCUACGAAACCAUAUAGAGCUGGCUAAAUAUUUUGAAGAACUUGUUUCUGUAGAUCAAAGAUUUGAGAUUGUUGUGCCUCGGACAUUUUCACUUGUUUGCUUCCGCCUUCUGCCCCCACAAGGUGAUGAGGAUUGCAUCAAUAAAAUGAAUCGUGACUUACUGGAGGUGGUAAACUCAACUGGAAAAAUCUUCCUAUCACAUACAAUUCUAUCUGGGAAGUAUAUUCUACGCCUCGCAGUGGGAGCUCCAUUGACAGAGGGAAGACACAUAAGUGCAGCAUGGAAAGUGUUGCAAGAUGAGGCAACUACGUUGUUAGAGCAGUAUAUGAAGUAAUCACCAAUCCAGACUGAAUGCUCAAGAUUUGCACUACCACUCCGAUAGGAAGUCCAAAAUUCAAGCAUUUGAAUAAUCUUUCCUCUGUAAUUACAUUUUUCCACCUACAGAGAAAAUCACUGUCAUAUUUCAAUUAUAAUCAGAAUUUAUUCACUGGUAUUUUACAGUAUAUUGACUUUGUAAAAAAGUAAUCUACAAGGGAAAGACGGUUGAUCCUAUUUUUGUUUUUUACACAACUGAUCUUUGGAUAAUUAAAUGUAAGACCCUAAACAUUGAGAAUGUUUACAAUUUAGAGCUUUUCUAAUACACUAUGAAAUAUGCCACAGUAAUUAUUGAUUGAAAAGAUCCAGUGAAAUUUUGGCCCUGAA